CGAGAGCAGUUCCCAGGCAUUAAUGUGAAGCAUACACGCACUAGAUCUCAUUGAGAGGACACGAGACGCUUACACGUUGUUGCAAAUGUGACUGGAGAUCGUAAAUGAAGUAUAUAUGAUAGGAAUGUUUCAGACCCACUUGACUGCUACAUAGUUCUUUCAUGGAAAUACAGCACAUGCCAAUGCAAAUUAUCAUCUGACAAGUGGAGAACUUUAGGUUGGAAAUGCUGAAUGACGGUCGUCAGUCAGUUUAGCUGCAGUACAGCUUGAAAGCGUAAGAAGCUUGUCCCCGCUGAGAUCUGGAGAGAUCAUGGGCAACAACGACAAUGAGAAGAACAGCCAAGUGUGUCAGCUGUUUGAGAACUUUGUCCAGGCCUCAACAUGCAAGGGCACCCUCCAGGCCUUCAACAUCCUCUGUCGCCAGCUUGAACUGGACACCCAGGAUUAUAACAGCUUCUACACCAAGCUCAAGUCCAAGGUGACCUUUUGGAAAGCCAAAGCUCUGUGGAGUAAACUUGACAAGCGGGCAAGUCAGAAAGAAUACCACAAAGGGAAAGCCUGCCUAGGUACAAGGUGUCUGAUUAUUGGAGGCGGGCCAUGUGGGCUGCGCACUGCCAUAGAACUUGCUCUUCUUGGCACCAAGGUGGUGGUGAUAGAGAAGAGGGACACCUUCUCCAGGAACAACGUGCUGCACCUGUGGCCUUACACCAUUCAUGAUCUCCGAGGACUCGGAGCCAAAAAGUUCUAUGGAAAAUUCUGUGCCGGGGCAAUAGACCAUAUCAGUAUUCGGCAACUGCAGCUGAUGCUGGUAAAAGUAGCUCUUAUUGUCGGGGUAGAAUUUCACGUCAACGUGGAGUUCGUGAAGCUCCUGGAACCACCUGAAGAUCAAGAGAAUCACGGAACUGGCUGGAGAGCUGAAGUACGGCCAAUGGAUCACCCUGUUUCAGAUUUCGAGUUUGAUGUGGUUGUGGGGGCAGAUGGACGGAGAAACACACUGGAAGGUUUCAGAAGAAAAGAGUUCCGUGGAAAGUUGGCCAUAGCAAUCACUGCUAACUUUAUUAAUAGAAACACGACGGCCGAAGCCAAGGUAGAAGAAAUUAGUGGUGUUGCUUUCAUCUUCAACCAGAAAUUCUUUUUGGAUCUUAAAGAAGAAACAGGAAUUGACCUGGAGAACAUUGUAUAUUAUAGAGAUAACACUCAUUACUUUGUAAUGACAGCAAAAAAACAAAGCCUUCUGGACAAAGGGGUCAUUAUUCAUGACUACAUUGACACUGAGAUGCUGCUCAGCAGCGAGAACGUGAAUCAGGAAGCCCUGCUUUCAUAUGCACGAGAAGCAGCUGACUUUGGUACCAACUAUCAGCUUCCGUCUCUGGACUUCGCAAUAAAUCACUACGGCCAGCCUGAUGUAGCCAUGUUUGAUUUCACCAGCAUGCACGCCUCUGAGAACGCAGCGCUGAUCAGGGAGAGGCACGGCCAUCAGCUGCUUGUAGCUCUGGUUGGAGACAGUUUACUGGAGCCUUUCUGGCCCAUGGGGACUGGUUGUGCUCGAGGCUUCCUGGCUGCCUUUGACACGGUGUGGAUGGUGAGGAGCUGGGCUCAGGGUAGAGCUCCGCUGGAGAUCCUGGCAGAGAGAGAGAGUAUUUACCGACUGCUGCCUCAGACAACCCCCGAAAACAUCACAAAGAACUUUGACCAGUACACAAUCGAUCCAGUGACUCGAUACCCAAACCUCAACUGCAGCUGCGUGCAACCUCUCCAGGUACGCCACUUAUACAUUACCAGUGAAUUGCAACUGUGUACCCUUGAAAGAGCAUCUUCAGUCAGACGAUCUGUUAAUCUUUCACGACAGGAAUCUGAAAUUCGACCCAACAGGCUUUUGACUUGGUGCCAGAAGCAGACGGAGAGCUACAAGAAUGUUCAUGUAUCUGACCUCACCACCUCAUGGAGGAGCGGCCUGGCACUGUGUGCUCUUAUACACCACUUUCGACCUGACCUUCUUGACUUUGAUUGUCUCAAUGAGGAAGAUGUGGACAAAAACAACCAGCUGGCGUUCGACAUGGCAGAGCGGGAGUUUGGUAUUCCUCCAGUCACGACUGGAAAAGAGAUGGCAGCUGACAGCGAGCCUGACAAGCUGAGCAUGGUCAUGUACCUCUCCAAGUUCUACGAGCUCUUCCGAGGGGCACCACUUUCUGCAGCUGCAAACUUAAGGAGAGAAAUUGGCAAGAGUAAUGAAGUUGCUUCAGGGAAGUCAGCAAACCCUCUUUAUAACUUCCAUAAUUUAACUCUGCCAAGAAAACGAACACCAAAGGAUGACAAAAAAGUGGAAGAAAAUGACGCUAUGAGCAAAAGAAGGAGGAAGGGAUUCAGUCAUUUGGAGGAGGCUUCAAACUUCUCCAGUCAAAGUUCUGGGAUUGAAGGUGGAGAGGCAAAGGAUGGUGGGAAUCUAAACAAAGUCAAAUCAAUGGCUUCUCAACUGCUGGCCAAGUUUGAAGAGAAUGCGCCCAGCUCGUCCCUACGGAGAAAAACUGAGUCUGGUUCAAAUGCUACCAAAGCACCAAGGCCUCCUUCUCUUGAUAUGUCAGAGAGUCCCCGAUUCGCCAAACCUAUGGACCAAAACCCUGUCCCUGCUAUUCCACCAAAAAGGCAGUUUCAGUCUCCAGCCAGUGCUCAGUAUGUGGUAAACAGAACAAUUGAGCCAUUGCACUGCACUGAGUACAUUCCCAGGAAACCUAAACAAGCUGAUAAAACAGACGAGCAGGCAGAGAGCACAGGCCACUCGGCUUCUCACCGCUCCACUGUCUUAGCCGUGUCAGGAAUGCUACAACGCCUUCAGCGGCUUGAGGAUCACAUCAAUCAGAGGAGAUCUCAGUCUCUGUCAGCUAGGGAGUUUCACAAAAAGAACAUAAAGGAGAAGGCAGCCCAUCUUUGUUCAUUAUUUGGGUACAUGGCUUUCCAACCUGAGACUGCCCAGCCUGCCCCCAACUCCCCCUCUCCUGGACCCAAAGCUGUCUCCACCUGCCCUUCCUUUUACUCCUCUGCUGCUGCCAGUCUUACAUCUCCUGUAAAACCUUCAUCUCCUAAACCGGCUCCACAGUGCGUUGCAAACGUUACUCCUCAUGUACUCUUUCACAACCGCUAUUUUGAAAACAAAGAAACGAAACACACUGAACCCAUACAUACUUCAUCAGGCCAGAUGACUGUGGGGAAGGUUUCCUCUGUCAUAGGAUCUAUGGCUGAGGUAUUAGUCACUCUCUAUGAGAAUGACCACAGACCCAAAUCUCAUUCUUCUUCACCGACCAACACUUCCGGGCAAGGGGGCAGAGACCGGAAACCUGGCUUGGGCUCUCUGCGUAAAGAGUUCCCCCAGACACUGGGUGGCAGUGACAGCUGUCACUUCUGUACGAAGCGUGUGUAUGUGAUGGAGCGGCUGAGCGUGGAAGGCAGGUUCUUCCACAGGGAGUGCUUCAGGUGUGACUCCUGCAACACCAUCCUGCGCAUGGGCAUCUACGCCUUUGACACAGAGGAAGGUAAAUUUUACUGCAAGUCACAUUUUGCUCAACGCAAAACCAACAACAAGCACAGGAAGUGGAGAACUGAGUUACAAAAGGAGGACACAGGGCUGUCAAAGCAGGAGGAGGGUUGGUCUUCGCCAGACUCAACAAAUGCCUACUCUGCUGCCAGCACCUUGGAGGACAGCCCCCCAGGUACCAUGGCUUCCUUCCUUAGGAGAACCAUAAGCUGGCCGAUGCGUGUAACGCGGGAUCUAUUUGAUAUCCCCAGGCGCCUGUCUUGCUGGAUGCAUGGUGUGGUGCGCGCCACCGGCCUUCAUUUAAGGGACAAUGCUGAUGACUAUGCCUAUUUGUAUGAGCUCUUGAGUCUCGGUGUGCCAUUGCUGUGCAUGCUUCAAGAGGUCCUUGUGCAAAUGUACCAAGAAGCAGCUCCCCCGACACUUGAAUACAUGCUUGAAUGGGUGGAGAACUACUUGGGAGUAAAACUUAUUUGAAGAUCUAUUUCAGAUGUGCUCUUCCGGGCUCCAGAUGUGUGUUUCAGUUUAGCGGUUACCGAAUGGGAAAGUAUGUACUUAGCUAAGACAAAAAAAGAUUGCCUGAUCUACUUUUUUCAAGCUUUACACAGGUUACUGCUUGGUGUUAAUAUCUCAUUAAUACUGUGCCAGUAAGUAGGGUAGACAUACUGAAAGCACUUUAACCUGGGCUGUAGAAGAGUCGAAGGUUGAUUCAUAUGAAUAGUGAUCUGAUUUUCUGUGAGAGGGUUUACUGAAAUGUGCAGAACCUGUUACUAUACGUGUAGCAGCUAUGCAUUUGCAAAGUGCAAUGGAAUUGCCAAAAACUGUUUUUACAAGCCAUUUUACAAGUAUUGUUUGGAACUUUUUAAGAAAGAAGUUUACAUUUUUAUACCGGUCAUUUUGGUGCCAAGAAAUAUGAAACUAAAUUUAAGUCACAGUUGGCUGAAACUUAUGUUUUGUAUGAAUGUGUUUUUUUUUUUUAACUGUAUGCACUGCGCUUUGCUUUUGAACAUAUGCAUUUGAAUUUAUUAAAUGUAUUUUAUUUACUAUUGUAACAAUUCACAGUCGACAAGUUUACACAUUUUACUAUUAAAACUCUAACCUUUGUCAACACCAGCUUCUAUUUAAAAAGCAUCUUCAGAUUCAGUGUGCAACCACGUCACUGGGAGACACACGAUACUUGAGCUGUAUGCCAUGCAUAAAAUUGUGUGUUUAUGGGUAUGAAAUAAUGCUAAACAUAAAUCCAUGCCAUCCAUUUCCAUUGCAAUUUUACUUAGAUCAACCCCCCUAUGCUUAUUAAAUACUAACCAAAAGAAAUCAGGGCUUAAUACACAAUAUAAUUUCAUUAUCCUAUAUAAAAUGAAAUACUGUAAUAUACAUGCAAUAUAAAGUAGCAACAAUAAAUAUAUUAAGUUGGUGUUGCCAAAAGUUUAUGCUUUCGAUCUAAACCAGAAUUUGUACACUGGAAGUUAUUACA